AUGGCAACAGAGGAGGAAUUCAUAACCGUGAAGGCAUUGUUGCCCACAGUCCCGCUUCCCGCAAAUAGCGAGCGGCCAGCAAUAACAACGGACCGCUUGCUCGUCCGUGCCCUUCAACCAACCGACUUAGAAGCCUUGCACGUCUUGCGCACACAAGAAAAUGUCAUGAAGUGGACCAGUGCUGGGUGCAUCGACGAAAGCAUUGAGGUGACUAAAUCCAAACUGGAUCCUUUCCUACCACCAAACGAUCUUAUCACCGCCAACAGCGCCAUCUGUCUGAAGGAAACAGGCGAGCUUAUCGGUAUUGGUGGCUGCCAUCUUUAUCCUGGAGAUCAUGGGUGGCCUGAAGUUGGAUACAUACUUCGGAUGGACGCUUGGGGGAAAGGUCUCGCGACGGAGUUCUUGAAUGCAUGGUUGCAGUUUUGGACAGAGCUACCUCGAACAGAGAGAGAGGUCAGAGUGCAAAAGGAAAUGGUCAUCGGAGAAGGUGUGGUGGAUGAGCACCUUAUUGCUAUCACGGAAGCAGGCAAUAGUGGAAGUCAGAAGGUACUAUCGAAAUGUGGGUUUGAGCGAUUCCGCGAGUUUGUCGAGGUGCACAAUGACAAGACCGUGGAUCUUAUUGCUUUCCGCUUUAUUCCAAAGCGAUAG